AUGGUUGAUCGACUCUUACAGGAAUCAAUGAAUAUUACCGUCGGGGUCCUCGCCUUACAAGGCGCAUUCUAUGAGCAUGUGCAGCUGCUAAAAAAGGCGGCGGCUUCUCUGACCUCGGGACAGAGCAGUUCAAAAUGGGAGUUCAUUGAAGUGCGCGCCCCGCAGGAGCUGGAACGAUGCGAUGGUCUUAUUCUGCCCGGAGGCGAAAGCACGACCAUCUCGUUGGUAGCAGCCCGGUCGAAUUUGCUAGAGCCAUUAAGGGAGUUUGUGAAGGUUCAUCGCAAACCAACUUGGGGCACCUGUGCCGGCCUGAUCUUGUUGGCUGAGUCUGCGAAUAGGACCAAACAAGGUGGCCAAGAACUCAUUGGGGGCCUUGAUGUGCGCGUGAAUAGGAACCAUUUUGGUCGGCAGACCGAGAGUUUCCAGGCACAAUUGGACAUGCCCUUUUUGGAUCCUUCGAGCCCUCAGCCUCCCUACCCAGCUGUCUUCAUCCGGGCCCCAGUGGUGGAGAAGAUUCUGCCUCAUCAUGAAGGCAUCCAAGUAGAGGAAAUCUCCAGAGAAGAAACCGUUGUUGCGCCUUCGAAGCAUGCAAAAGAUGCCGCAGCUCUAGAUGCAGUUUCAAGCCAUGUAGAAGUAUUAGCCACGGUUCCCAGAAGGGCUGCGAAGCUGGCUAGCGUGGGGAAGCACAUUGACCCAGAACCGGAGGCCGGGGACAUUGUUGCUGUUAAGCAGGGCAACGUGUUUGGAACGAGCUUUCACCCAGAACUGACCGGCGACGCCAGAAUACAUUCAUGGUGGUUGCGGCAAGUGGAGGAGUCUGUCAAACGAAGACAUGAAAUUGAGCAACGCUAA